GGGGAACUCGGAGCUCGUGUUUCUAAAACGAGUUUCCAAGACGGAAAUGUCCUAGUUCCGACUAGCACGUGAACGCGGUAUGAUUAGCUAACUGGCUAGUUUUUUAUCCAACAACUUCACAGGAAGAACGAAGUACCACAGCCACAAAGUCAAUAGGCUGUAUCGUACAAAUGUAAUGGAUUUAGCUAACUUCAAGCAAAGACGGUAUAGUGGGGGUAGGGAACCCUAGUCCAAGAGUUCCACAGGCACUUCAUGGUUUUGAGUGGAACGUUUUUAUUUAACCUUUAUUUAACUAGGGUAGUCAGUUAAGAACAAAUUCUUAUUUUACAAUGACGGCCUACCCCGGACGACGCUGGGCCAAUUGUGCGCCGCCCUACGGGACUCCAGAUCACGGCAAGUUGUGAUACAGCCCCGGAUCGAAUCAGGGUCUGUAGUGAUGCCUCUAGCACUGAGAUGCAGUGCCUUAGACCGACCGCUGCGCCACUUGAGACCAGCUGCUCUGCAGGCAUUAAAACGAAAGAAGCGGUACGAGAAGCAGCUGGGCCAGAUCGAUGGCACGCUGUCCACCAUCGAGUUCCAGAGGGAGGCGCUAGAGAACGCCAACACCAACACCGAAGUGCUGAAGAACAUGGGCUUUGCUGCCAAGGCCAUGAAGGCAGCCCAUGAAAACAUGGACAUAGACAAAGUGGACGACUUAAUGCAGGACAUCACAGAGCAGCAGGAGCUGGCACAAGAAAUCUCUGACGCUAUUUCUAAACCCGUAGGGUUCGGAGAGGAAUUUGAUGAAGAUGAUCUCUUGGCGGAAUUGGAAGAACUGGAACAAGAGGAACUAGACAAAAACCUGCUAGAAAUCGCAAGCACAGAGAAUGUACCGCUGCCAAAUGUACCCUCUACAUCCUUACCUGCAAGACCAGCAGUACAGAAGAAGCAAGAGGAAGACGAGGAUGACAUGAAGGAUUUGGAGGCAUGGGCCGCCAACUAGCCACUGCUGUUACUCCAUAGCUGCUAUAGGUGGAAAAGAAAGACUAUGGUUUAGUGUGAUGUGUUUUAGAGACUUAAAAAAAAAAAAAAAAGACUAAACACAGCUUGACAACCUUUCGCUUCCUGUCAAGCUCAAUCUCCUAUAGAGGGGCAAUGGCAUGUUGUACCUUUCACCACCAAAAGCCCCAAAUCUCUGGAGCAGCCAAACAGAAAAGGCUCAUUUAAAAAUGUGUUUUUCUAUGCGUCCCUCACCUUGUUCUCAUCUGUAACGCAUUGUUGCAUUUCCUCCUUCUCUUAGCCCACAAAAUAUAUUUUGAGGAGAAAGUAUAAAAAUGACUCCUCAAAACCUCCAUGUAGAAUUUCUAAUACCUCAUACCGUUAAUGUGUAGUGCAACAAGAUAUUACAAUAUCCUGUAUUCCAUUUUGUUGUUUAUGCACAAUAUCAGUCAUGUGUUCAAAUGGCAAUCAGCUGUUCUUGAAUCUGUUUGUAAAAAUAUGCACUUAAAAUACACCGAUUGUACAUGAUAUUUAUUAAUAUCAAUUUCCAGCGUGGAGAAUUUGAUUCCCAUUUGCAGGGCUGUUGGGUUUAAAUGAGCUUUUGGCUGGAUUUAUUGAACUAUAUCAUGAGUAUCCUUCCAGAUACUCUGACUUUCACGCAGGCAGAUAACUAUGAGGAAAACUCCACAUGGUGUCCUUGAAAUUAUUCUCUGCGUGAUGGUUCACACGUAUCUUUCUGUAUCUUUGAAGUGAAUGAAUCUAACCGAACCUACAACUAGUUACAUUUUGCAAACACAGUGACAAUUCUCUUGAAAUAUGUUUGUGCUAUAUCUGUUCUGGUUUGUGUAACUGAAGUGACUGUGUGAGUGACAGCAUGCGCACCUCUGAGGUUGUUUGUUCAUUUUCAUCUUUAAGAGACAUUAACACUAGAGGAGGUUUUAAAAAGUUGUUUAUUAGGGUUUGGGCUUUUCAGAGUUAUGUAUUUUUUUUGUUUAAUGAUAUGCUGUUGUGUGUAGGAAGAGAUAAUUGAUUGUAUUUAAACUCUAGGCAGUCAGGUCUAAUUAACAUCAUGGCUUUUCUGAGUUUGUGAACUUACCCCACUAUUUUAUAGUUCACCGUGGUGCUUGAUGUUUUCAAAUUUAAAUGUUUCUUCUUUCUUUUUUUCUGUCUAAAUUUAACUAAUGUGGUAUGACCGCAUUUGUUAUGUCUGACAUGGUCUGUGCGUUUGUAUAAGGGGCUGUUUUUUGCAGUCUGGUUCCUAUUUUUGUUUGGUCUGUCUUCCUACCCUGCCUAUCACAACUUGCCCUUGUUCUAAUGGUAUGCCUAAAUUAAACCUUUUGACAAAUGUG